AUGAAGACAAUUAAUGAUGUAGACAUCGAAGGAAAAUCUGUAUUUCUCCGAGCAGACCUCAAUGUCCCCUUGUCCAACUCUACAGUUUUAAAUAAUUUUAAGAUAGUUUCUGUGCUACCAACAAUCCGUCUCCUUUACUCCAAAAACCCCAAAAGGGUGAUCAUUGGAAGCCAUUUCGGAAGACCCCGGGGGAAAUACUCCAGGGAUCUUUCUCUCCAACCCGUGUACCGGGCACUAAAAGAACUUCUUAGUAAGGAGCUUGGAAUAGACCUGAUUUUCUGCGAUCUAUGGGAUGUUGGAAGUAUAGAAGAUGCAUGGGUAUUGGUGGAGAACCUAAGGUUUUAUUACGGCGAGGAAGAAAGUGAUGACCAAAAUACCGUCCGUUGCUACAGGAAUGUUUUUGUGAACAAUAUGGACAUUGCAGUCAUAGACGCAUUUGGAUGUCUUCAUAGAAAGUGUGGAUCUAUACAAAGGACAGGAUUGCCUUCGUACUCAGGGCUUUUAGUCCAGAAGGAGCUGGUCUCUGCAAGAGAAAUAAUGAGAGAAAAUAUAGAUCUUAUGAUACUAGGAGGGAAAAAGGCGUCUGAUAAGAUCAAACUGCUCAAGUCUUUGGGAGAAAGGACUAGGAGCUUGUUUAUUACUGGAGGAUUGGCAUUCCCAUUUAUUAAAUAUAUAUUUGGAAGGGAAGUUGGAAAGAGCAUCUGCUCAGACGUUUCCGAAGAAGAAGUAAAGAGUAUAUAUGAGAUCUGUAGAAAGUACGGAACAAAUAUAGUCCUUCCCAUUGACUUUGUUGUUCUCUCUGGCGGAAAGAUAUGCAUAACCAAUGGCAUACCUUCUGAGGGAAAUGCAAUGGACAUAGGGCCUGGGACUGUGGAACUGUUGAGGAAGGAAGUAUCUAAGGCUCGGGUAGUCUUUUGGAACGGACCUCCAGGAGUGUUUGAGGAAAAAGACUUUUCCGAAGGGACAAAAGCUCUAGUGAGCAUUCUGGAGAGUCUAAAGAAAGAAGAGAAGAAAUCCUUUUGUGGAGGAGGAGAGACUGUAGGUGCAAUUAAGUUGUUUGGAAACUAUGACAACUUUACUUAUGUGUCUACAGGGGGAGGAGCACUGAUGAAGCUGCUGAGUGGGGAAAAUCUUCCCGGCCUUGACUUCCUCUCAAACCAACCUUGA